CCGGACUUCCUGGCAUCGCCGCGUCAACUUCCUCCAGAAAGCGGAAGCUGAAUGGACGACGUUCGCUAAUCUCGGAGGUCAGGACAUAUCAGGAGUACGCGUUUUGGGGACUCGUGGGCCAUGGGCUUCAUUCCGGACGAGGCCAAGGGGCUCCCUCCGCCCGGCAUCGUAAACCGAAACUCCUUGUGGCUCGCCGGUGUGGGCUGGUGCACCGCCAUGCUCCAGAACGCCAUCAACCACCGGCCGCCGCUCAAAUCAGGAGCUCAUCGACAGGUCCUGAUGGCGACGAUCGGCUGGUUCAUCGGCUACCACCUGACUAAAUAUGAGAAUUACGUGAACGCCAAACUGGACCGAGACAUGAACGAGUACAUGAAACAGCACCCGGAAGACUUCGCACCGAAGGAAAAGAAGACCUUUGCUGAGAUUGUGGAGCCUUUCAUUCCUGUGCGCUGAGCCGUCAUAAUACAUUGUCCAGUAUUCCCCUGUAUAUAAUUGACUCAAAAUAAAUCCA